UUCUGGCUCUCUGAUAUCGCUAGAUGCGUUUUACAUACUGCAACAUGCCAUAUUACGCAACACGCACUGUAUAGCCAACACCCCCCUCACUCUCUCUCCCCCCUCCCUCAAUCUCUCCAUCUUUCCAUCUCUCUCUCAAUGCUCUCUGCUGCCCCGCUCCACUGCUGUGAAUGACGGAUGCUGAGUUGCGUUCCUCCCCCUGCUGCUCAUGGUGCCAACAGACGGACAUUACACGGCAGAGGACAACAACAAACAGCCUCCAUCACCAAUCAUCGGCAGUGUUAAUGUCUGAGAGCUGCCAUGGCAAACCGGGGACCAAGCUAUGGGCUCAGCCGAGAGGUUCAGGAGAAGAUCGAUCAGAAGUAUGAUGCGGAGCUGGAGUCUCGACUGGUGGACUGGAUCCUGAUUCAGUGUGGAGACGACCUGCAGCGUCCAGAAGCUGGCAAACAGAACUUCCAGAAGUGGCUCACGAGUGGAACAAUCCUCUGCCGGCUCAUCAACAGCCUGUAUCCCAGCGGUGAGGAGCCAAUUAAGAAAAUUACCGAAUCCAAGAUGGUCUUCAAACAAAUGGAGAAGAUUUCUCAGUUCCUGCAGUCUGCUGAAGAAUAUGGAGUCAACAGAGGAGACAUAUUCCAGACUGUCGAUCUGUGGGAAGGAAAGGACAUGGCUGCGGUUCAGAGGACACUGAUGGCUCUGGGAAGUGAAGCUCUUACGAAGGAUGAUGGUCAUUAUCGUGGAGACCCGGACUGGUUUCACAGGAAAACCAAAGGCCACAAGCGUGAGUUUUCAGAGGAGCAGCUGCGUCAGGGUCGCGUUGUUAUCGGGAUGCAGAUGGGAAGCAACCGGGGAGCGUCUCAAUCUGGCAUGGUAGGAUACGGCACGCCACGGCAAAUCAUGCGCUACGACUCUCCACGACAUAACGGAGACCAGAGCAAUCCUUAAAUACUACACAGCUGAGUGUUUCAAUCUCUACUGGAGCCCGAAAAGCCAAAUCUAGUGCUCCAGUUACAGGAGGAAUGUGUACAUGUGCGUGUGUGUGUGUGUGUGUAUAUAUAGAGAUUAACAGUGGACUAAGGCUGUUUAAAAUGACACACAUUAGAGUAUUGACCCAUAAUGCACCAAUGCUGUUGGUUACAGAUCAAGGCCAAAAUGUUGAAGUUUUCAAUUAAAUCUCAGCAUUAAAAAUGUGCAAGCAUUAAAAGAGAAGAUUGCACAUCUUAGCAAUCAUGUAGAUCUUUAACAAUUGUAGGAUGACAAUCUGUGAAUUUUUGGACAUGCAUUUCGAAUUAUGCAUUUGGCUGAUGCUUUUACCCAAAGCAUUUUCUUCAAGCAAGCAAACACACACACUAUGGGUCUCAUUUAUAAAAUGUUGUGCAAAAAGCAUUAUAAAAUCGUUCUAGCAUCAUUUCGCAAAACUGAGCGAGUGCGAUUCAGAGAAAACGAAUGUGUUCAGAAACCUCUAUUACUGAUUACAAGAGUCUUACAGAUUUACAUAAAGCGGAUGAUCUUGAAAUUGUGCGUAGUUGAAUUUUGUCAGAUCUCUCUUGUAAAUGCCCCCCUCAUUAUCUUAAUUAUCUAACUGUAGUGAGUGGGCGGGGCUGAGAGUCGUGGGAACGGGAUGAGGCUGGUGCUCGAGUAAUAAUGUGAAGCACCUGUGUCGUGCAUAUUGUUACCUUUGUACACCUAUUUUACUAUUGUUUACUACUAUUAUUAUUAUUUCAGUUGUUUCUAAUCGUAGUAGUUUAGAUGUUUUCUUUGUGCUCGUCAAUCUCAAGCACUGAAAUUCAGAUAUUGGCAUGAACUAUUUAUAUGGUAAUUCAGCCUGAUCUCACUAAGGAAAUGUAAUUAUUUUACGCUUUGUCAGUUUAGUGGCUAAUUUGUACGAGUUCGUGCGAAAAUUUUAAAGAAUUUUAAAAGAAGACGUGACUCUAAACCCCGCCCCUAAACACAGCCGCCAUUAAGCAUAAGCAUUUUGUACUUAAUUGUACAAAUGAGAUCUUACGAAUUAGCCACUUAAUCAAAAAAGUUACGAAUUGCCGUGAAAUAGCGCUGAUGUAGUGAGUGGGCGGGGCUGAGAGCUGUGGGAAUGAGAUGAGGCUGGUGCUUGAGUGAUAAUGUAAAGCACUUGUGUCGCGCAUAUUGUUACCUUUGUACACCUAUUUUACUAUUGUUUACUACUACUAUUAUUAUUAUUUCAGUUGUUUCUAAUCGUAGUAGUUUAGAUGUUUUCUUCUUUGUGCUCGUCAAUCUCAAGCACUGAAAUUUAGAUAUUGCCAUGUACUAUUUAUACGGUAAUUCAGCCUGAUCUCACAAAGGAAAAGUAACUAUUUUACAUUUUGUCAGUUUAGUGGCUAAUUCGUAUGAAUCCAGUCGUGCGAAAAUGUACAAAUUUAAAAGGAGGCGUGCGUGGCACCAAACUCCGCCCCUAAACACAGCCAUCAUUGAGGAUAAACAAAUUGUACUAAAUCAUACAAAUGAGAUCUUUUGAAUUAGCCACUAAAUUAAAAAAGUUACGAAUUGCCGUGAAAUAGCGCUGAUGUAGUGAGUGGGCGGGGCUGAGAGCCGUGGGAACGGGAUGAGGCUGGUGCUUGAGUAAUAAUAAGAAGCACGCAUAUUGUUACCUUUGUACACCUAUUUUACUAUUGUUUACUACUACUAUUAUUAUUAUUUCAGUUGUUUCUAAUAGUAGUAGUUUAGAUGUUUUCCUUCUUAGUAGCUAAUUCUUACGAGUUCAGUCAUAUGAAAAUGCACAAAUUUUACAAAGAGGCGUGGCACCAAACCCCUCCCCUAAACACUCAGCUGUCAAUGGGGAUAAGCAAAUCGAACUAAAUUGUAUGAACGAGAGAACACAAAUUAUCUACUUAAUCAAAAAAGUCACAAAUUGCCGAGAGAUUUCGUUGGUGUAGCGAGUGAGCGGGGCUGAGAGCCAUGGGAACUGGAUGUCACCUGUGUUGUUCACCAGCCUCGAGUCCCACGGAGGAGCUAAGGGUUAUAAAAGAAAGAGAGACAGCAGUGGAAGAUGAGAGAGCACCAGGCCUGGACACAGCUGUCUCUUCUCCUUUUAUAGGUGCUAUGCCUCCUUUUACAAUUUGUACAUUUUCAUAUGACGUACGAAUUAGCCCCUAAACAGAUUUGCAUAUAUAAGAGUACAUGCCAAUAUCCGAAUUCCAAUGCUUGAGAUUGACGAGCACAAAGAGAAAAAAAUCUAAAUUACUACUAUCAGAAACACCUGAAAUAAUAAUAAUAAUAGUAGUAGUAAAUAGUAGUAAAAUAGUUGUUAAGGUAACAAUAAACUAAUUCAAGUAAUGAAUUCAAGUAAAAAUUUCAGUCAUGUCAUGUCUUUUAAAAUCACUUGCUAUGUCAACUAAUGAAAAGGCUCACAAAAAUGCUUACAAAACUUCAGAAAACAACAACAUUAUUAUAGAAAGAAAAAUCGGACCAUCACAUAAAAUGAAUUAUUACACAAUUAUGGUCUUAAAAAGAGCUGCAUGUGAUUUGGAAUUUCUUUAUAUGUAUAGUUUAAUAAUGCUGCUCAAAUGUGCCAUCAAUAUACUGACACAAAAUAUAUUUUAUAUACAUAUAUCUAAUGUAAAUGAUAAAAACUGGUUAUAAACCUGUUUGAGUUUCUUUCUUUUGUUGAACACAAAAGCCGAUAUUUUGAGGAAACCUGUACCACUGACUUCCACAGUGCAAAAAACAAACACUACUAUGGAAGUCAGUGGUUACUGUUUCUCAGCAUUCUUCAAAGUAUCUUCUUUUGUGUUCAACAGAUGAAAGAAACCACUUGAAGUAAAGUAAACAGUGAGCUAAUGUUCAUUUUUGGGUGAACUAUCCCUUUAAGGCUGAUGUCUCUAUUCAUGUUCAUAAAAUCAGCAGGUGUUUAUUUACUUUGUAUUUAUUUUGAUUAUUUAUUUAUUGUGGAUUUUAUGCAUUGGCAAAUCAAGACGUCUAAAAUUCUCUGGUAAAGAAAAAUAAAAUUAAAUAAUAAUAACGUGGAAUAAACAGUGCAGCCUGCAGAAUGCAAUUAUCUGUUGAAGACAAAAGACGAUAUUUUGACGAUCGCUAGAAACCUGUAACCAUUGACUUCCAUAGUAGGAAAAACAAAUACUAUGGAAGUCAAUGGUUUUUGUUUCUCAGCAUUAUUCAAAGUAUCUUCUUUUCUGUUCAACAGAAGAAAGAAACUCCUUAAGGAGCCACUUGAAGGAAUGUAAACAGUGAGCAAAUGUUCAUUUUUGGGUGAACUAUCCCUUUAAGGCUGAUGUCUCUAUUCGUUUUUCGAAGUAGCAGCAGAUGUUUAUUUAUGUUGGAUAUAUUUGAUGGUGAUUAUUCAUUUAUUUAUUUAUCGCGGAUUUUACACAUUGGUAAAUCAAGACGUCGCAAAGCCAAAUUAAAUUAAAAAACAACAACAUGGAAUAAACGGUGUAGCCUACAGAAUGCUAGUAAAACAGUCUGAACAGGCUAUUAAUGUGUUAAAUCUCGCAAAAUAAAAUAAAUCAGACUAUACUGCACAUUUAACCUCUCACACUGAAUCUUGUUUGCUUAUGAUGAAUUCGUACACAUGCAUGUACACCGCUUUCAGUAGAUGUUCAAAUAGCUAUUUUGUCCAAAAAAAACAUUGCCGUCAGACCUUGACAUACAUACUUUAUCAGGUAAAAGUGUUUUCUGUAAGAUAAAUGCUGUGAAUUUAAGCAUACACACACACACACACACACAGCAUACACACACUUUAUAAAUGAGGCCCUGGUUGCUUUACGAGCUGUGCAUGCUGUGCAAUAGGAACAGAAAAAAGUCUGUCAAUAGGAAUAGAAAAAAAACACUUUACUUGAAGGGGGUGUUCAUAAGACUGCCGUGAAUCCUUUAUAAUCACGACAUGACACACAUCAUGAAUAUGGAGAUUUAAUGCAUCAAUUUUAUGCUGCUGUCAUUAGGGUGCUUUCACGCGUAGAGUUUUGUUUCGGAAGCUGGCGGGUUUCCCCUGUUAGGUUAGCGCGGUUGGUUUGGCAUAUGUGAAUCCAGCAAUCGCACUCAGAUUCACACCAAAGCAAUCGGUCUGAAAUGGUUUCGGCUUGAUUGAAACGAACCCUGAAGUGGAUCGAUUGUAGUGAGAAAGCAUCGAUCCACGAACUAACGAGCCAGGGUAUAUCACAGUGUAUUAUAGAUAUGUAAUAGGCAUAUGUGAAGAGAGAAUUAUGAGUAGGGCGGGAUGUCAUCAUUCCUACCAGUUUCCAUGCAUUUCAUGUUAAGUACGAAAGUGAAAGCAUGCUGAAAUAUUAAGAGCUUUUAUCUGUUAGGAAAAUUGACCGAACUGCAGACUUGGUUUAUCUGUUAUUUCUCUCUGUAAUGUAAAGCCUAUAAUGCAUAAUUCUAGCUAAUGGCUGUGUGUGAGAAACCUGAUUUAUAUUUGUCACCAUUCAAAAUUAAAGUGCAGCUUUUCGCUUAUAUUGUCUUUAUUGCCAUAAAUUAAAAUAAGGACGCAUGACAGCUGAGCCAGCCUGAUCUCACGAGAAAACGUAAGUAUUUUACGUUUUGUCAGUUUAGUGGCUAAUUUGUACGAAUUCGUACGAGUUCAGUCGUAUGAAAUUAUACGAUUUAAAAAGGAGGCGUGGCACCUAACCCCACCCCUAAACCCAACAAUCAUUGGGGGAUGAGCAAAUCAUACGAAAAUGUACGAAUUAGAUCGUACGAAUUCGUACAAAUUAGCCACUAAAUCAAAAAGUUACGAAUUGCCGUGAGAUUGUGUUGGCUGAGCAGAACUCUCCAAAAUAAACGCUGAAACUCUGACCAAUGUGAUGAGAGUUUACUUGCAUGUGACUUGUUUUAGGUAAUUUGGUCCGUUUAGAAACUUUGCCGUGUGAAAGCGAACCGCACCAAGAACAAAGAACAACACUGUAACAAUUUUAAUCCCUGUUUCGGAACAAAACAAUCGAUCUAAAGGUGUGAAAGCACCCUAAGUGUCAUUCGCUCACUUCUUCCAUUUGAAAUGCAAAUAGAUGUCAUUAUCAAGACAAUUUAUUUAGUCAUAAACCUGUCAUAAACAUGAAACCCAUGAGGCCAUUAUAACUGCCAUGAAUAUUUUCCUACAUAGUCAGCAUUAUUCGCCCUCCUGUGAUUUUUUUUCAUACAAAUAUUUCCCAGAUGAUGUUUAACAGAGCAAGGAAUUUUUCACAGUAUUUACGAUAAUAUUUUUUCUUCUUCUAAUUUUGAUGUAAGCUGAAUACUGUCCUGAAAAAAAUCUAGUUAAAUAUAAUGUACUGUCUUCAUGGGCGUUGUUAGGCCAUAUUUUUUCUCAGCCCCCCCAAAAAAUGUAAGCCCCCCCAUGAAAAAAUAUACAGGGGGCUGAUAAAUCUGACUUCAGCUGUAUCUGUUCAUUUCUUUCAGAGGAACAAUCUGAAUUUGUCAUUUAAACUCCUCAGUAAAAGUGUGAUUACUCUGUCAAAGAAUUUAACAAUAGCGUCAUUAAUAUUUAACAUUUUAAUGGCAAAUUCAAGUUGCACCAAUGCAGUUGAGGUCAACAAAAUUAUUAAUGUCCCUGUUAAAAUAAUAAAUGUAAUUAUAAAUAAAAAAGUCAAUAUUUAAAUUAAAUAAAUAAAUAAAAUAAAAAAUCAUGACAGUUAUAAUGGCUUUAUGACAAUCAUGUUUAUGCCAGAUUUAUGACGUUAUGUUGGUUUGAUAAUUUCAAGUCGACCAAGACAGGUUGUGUUGUAUUUAUGUCAAGACAUAAGUUUUAAAUGACAUAACGGAGCGAAUGACUCAUAAAACUUUUGUCAUGUCAUGAUUAUGAAUGUGCAAUGACAGUCUUACGAAUACCCCCUUCAGGUAAAGCAAUAACCAAAAGUCUAUUUUCACUUAAAGCCAUACGUAACCAACAGGUGUGUUGAGAUAUACAGCGCUCAAACCUAUAAUUGUAUUCAGUAGUUGAAACUGUGCCGAGUUGCUACUAAAUGUACACUAUUAUUGAUGUCUAACAACAAAACGUUACUGUUCCUGCAACAAGAAUGCGCCGAACUGAUGGACUCAGGUCAUUCUACUGUAUAAUGUCUUCACUCAUUUGUUCUGCAUAAUUUUCUGAUGUCACUUAAAAAAAUAAACUGAUGCUAUACAUUCCAGUGAUACGAGAAAA